GCAUCCCCUGGCAGCAUGCUUGCACUGCUCUCCGUGGCUGCCCUUGUGGGCUUGCUGGGGGGCCUGGGGCUUGUCCAAGCCCCCAAGACCGAGCCCCUGAGCGGGGACCAGCCUCUCUUCCGCGGGGCAGACCAGAACGACUUUGCCAUAGUCAUCCGUGCAGGUGACACGGAGUGCUUCUGGCAGUUUGCACAUCAGACGGGCCAGUUCUUUUUCAGCUAUGAGGUGCAGUGGGCGUCCGGGAUCGGCCAGGACAGGCACAUCCUGGCAACGGCUAACAAUCCCAAAGGUUUCCUCCUCGGCACCUCCCAGGAUGUGCGGGGACAGAUCAGCUUCCUAACGGACGAGACAGGCUUCUACCAGCUGUGCAUCAGCAACCGGUACAACCGCUUUGGAUCCGUGCAAGUCUACCUUAACUUUGGCGUCUUCUACGAGGGCUUUGACCCACAACACCCACCACAACUUGAGGGAAAACAGCUCAACGACACCCUGGAGGCCAUCGAGGUGAGCACCAGCAAGUUGACGCUUUACAUCUUCCACAUGUGGCGCUACUACAGCGCUUCCCGGAUGAGGAGCGCCUCCGACUUCUCCCUGCUGCAGUCCAACUACCGCUACGUGAACUGGUGGUCGGCCGCCCAGAGCCUGGCCAUUGUCCUCUCGGGCUUCCUCCAGCUCUACGUUCUCAAGCGCUUCUUCAACGCGCAGCCCGCCAACAAGCCACGGUGCUAAGGCGGCUGUUCCGGGCAGGCCCAGAUGCCAGACAAACGGCCACGGGAAAGGGCGUUCGCUAUGCCUUCCCCUGAUCUGACUGAACGGCUGGCAAGGCAGGAACACCCACACACCAACCUCCGAUGAGCAGAGUGUUCUUGGCAGCCUUUCCAUCGGCUGGCCUUGCUCCUUUCUGGGAGCUUUGAAGGAUCUCACCAGAACAAGAAAAAUCCAUCUAAAAGCGGCUGCAAGACAAGCGACUAACAUGUCCUGCUGUUCGUAGGAGCCUGAUUUAGAAUAAAGCUUUCCUAGGUUAAAAGGCA